UAUUGUUUACAUGAUAAAGGAUCGUGCAAGCACAUCACAUAUUAUUAUUUACAUAAAAAACACAUGCAUGUAGACGUUAUUUUAAAAUAAAACGGCCCAACCCUAUAUUACAUAUCAAGUUCAAAUCUUCUUUGAUCCAUAGAUAUAGUUUACACUGAUGACAUUUCAAACAUAUAGUUUACGUAGACAACGUAAGUUUACGUUGUUUACGCGUAACGUAGACUACUUAUAUUUUUCGCGUAAACGCACAAUCUUGGUUUAUAAAUCAUCAGAUAAGUAAAAAAAAGAAACUUACAAUCUGUUCUGAAAAAUUAUCUCCGUCAUAUAUAGAGCUCUACCCAACCGACGUCAGUCAAGUCCUUGUGGAGGGGAUGCUCUGAGAAACGCUGUCCAAUGCUAUCAUUAAUGCCGUCCACUGUACACACAGCCAGUCGUGUGCAGCUUGUGGCGACGCGUGGGUGCUCGCCCGAGGAUUUUUUUUUACGCGGAGGGCGAGCGAGCGAGCGAGCAUGGGUGGGGUCCAGAGGACGAAUCGCCGCUUCGUUUCUCUCCUCGCAAGUUCAGUGCGAGCAGCCGGUCUGGUACCGUCGUCGUCGUCGUCGUCGUCGUGCCUUUUACGAGCGCUGGCGCAAACUCUCGCCGAGUAAUGGCCGUUCUGCGUGAGUUGCCCCGACAAUCGGAUGCUACACGCUUCUUCCGCGAGCGCGUCGGGCCUGCGUAAGGAAGAUGGACGUUUCGAGGUCACUCGGGCCUCCUCGCAGUCCUCGCGGGCUCUGAGCGAGCUGUCGAAUCAGUGAAAUUGGAGCAGCGAGAGGCGUCGCGCGUAUCAACGGAGCUGAGACGUCGCGCGUGGCGCGACGAAGUUGUCAAGCGUCAAGCAUCGCUUGCGGACAGAAGAGAGAAAGAGAGAGAGAGAGAGAGAGAGACGCGAGAGGAGCGAGGGGGACGCUGAAUGCAACGUCGUUAUCGUGGUUAUCGGGCGCCCGGGCGACGAGCACUGACCUCGGCACGUCGCCGUGCACAGCUGCAGCCGUCGCCUUCGCGUCGCCUCGGCUCAUCAAUGAUCAUCUGGCACCCGUGACUCAUUAUUCAUGACUCGGCGGGUCCAGGCCGAGGAAGGAAUCGCGUCGAUUUCGACAUUGGAGAUAUUUUAGCAUCUCAAGGAAAUUUGGUGAUAUAUACCAUGGAGAAAAAGGGGCUGCGCAAGAGGGAUAUACUGAGGAUGGACGGUCUCUUGCCUCCAACUCGGCGUUUACCAGUUUGCGACGCAGUACCCAGCGCGUCGGACAAGAAGAAAGACAAGAAAUGGUCUUUGGGUGGAAUUCUGCGACGAAUCUCUUCGAUAAAGGAUUAUGACAGUUCCUCGAAUGACGAGGAGAUUGUCUACUGCAAAAAGACACCGAGAAAGCCUACUAAAUUCAGGCAGGUCGACGGUGUCGUCCUUCAUUCGAUAGAGAACAACUCGGAGCGUGAUAAACGGAGAAGAGUUGAAAAUAAUGUUCGCCACACGACGGACCCGCGUCGAGAUUCGCUGCAUUCGCGCAGCAGCGACGGCUCGUUGGACGGCUUGGGGAAAAAGUUUCGAAGGAACAAACUGAAGGCUCGAGCCGAAGCGAAGAGGGAUCAUCUGUGCGCUGGCAGCAGUUCCGACGAGGACUGUCGCAGAUCCAGCGGCUCGCUAAACAGAUUUCACACCGCGGAUAACGCGCAGAACGGCCAGAGGAACAAUAUGUGCAAUCGGAGAACUCGUGCCGCUCGAACGGAGCGUUAUAUCAAGCGCUUAUCUCGGGACGAAGGCAAUGGCAGCGGCGACGCUUUAAACGACCUAUAUAACAAAAGGUGUCCCUCGGACUAUCUCGAAGAUAAGGAACGUGCUGUUUACGCCGAUACGAACGGAUUGUGUCGCCCGCCCAUACAUCCCCGCCGUUCGGGCGCGUAUUCGAGCGGUCGCGCGUUGCCCGUUCAAAAAUCCUCCGCGGAAAGUUUGCGGAGCGCGGAACACGUGGGUUUCCCGCAUCCCGAAAUUAUGGGCGACGUCAGGAGGUAUUCCACGGGACAAUACAUCACGGAUUUGAAUCAAAACAACACUUAUGGGAAGAUCUCGCGGCAUCACAGCAGCGACGUGUACGCGGACGGCCAUCGAGUUGCCGGCAACUUCUUUACAUAUCCCGCGAAAAACGCGUGCCAUUACACGGAACCGUUCGACUACGCCGUCGAUUGCCGAUUGAUCAAUUCGGACAAUCAGCCGCCCGAGCCACCCCCGAGGGAUCCUCGUUAUCGCGCGUUCGGAUACAGUUCCUAUCCGAUCAACAGACACCAAAAUGUGCCAAACUAUUUUAAGCAAGAAGACAAUAAGACUAAUAUUGCAAGCGGAACAACGAAACCAGAUUGGAAGAACUUUCCAUCGCAGGUGCGAUACGGAUCGAACAACGAAAUCGCCUGGCGCGAUACGAUGGAACGUGAGUUAAGGAGUCCGAAUCCUAAAGCGGAAUUCUAUAAUUCGCUGGAACGCGUAAAUAAUAAGUAUAACUCGAGUUAUCACUGCGCGAACGAGUCGGCCUACAAGGAAAUCGAGACGACGAGGCGCCGAAACAUUCGCAACGAUCAGCUGAAUCGCAACGACGCGAAUUACCGCGUGCACAAGGCCAAGAAUAAAUCAGCGAACAUCUGCGAAACGGAUAAACAUCAUGAGACGAUUUCAUCGCACGCAUCUGCGUCCGAUUGGUCAUCUGGAAGAUCUCCGAUCUGCGAACAACAUAUCUCGCGUACCAUCAUCCCGUCGACGUAUGACGUCGACAAUCGUGCCGUGGGUAGCAAGAAAGAGAACGGCAGAGAAAUGACACCGGCCGAGGAAGCUCUGGAGAGACGGAGAAGCUCGAAGAACCUCGAGGAAGCUCUGUGCGAGCUGGAGGCGAUAUACAACAGCCUUCGCCUCGGCGACGAGGAUCUGCUUGAUCGCGCGGAGCGUCGGAGCAUGGAGGAGUUUACUCAGAAGCAAGGUAAAAGCGAGCUCGACGCGGCCGUGCUCGCGCCGGACUCGCCGGACAGGACGACGGACGACAUGGCCUAUCGAAGGAUGCAUCCUAAGGAUAGACCCACGUCGCUCUCGGACAUCGCGGGGCAAUCGACUCUGUCCAGUAUCAGCUAUCUCAUCGCCUCGCCCGUCCUCUCGCGGCGGGACUCGGCGGACGACCUCGUGCGCCUGCCGUCGGCCUACUCGUCCCGUCGGGACGAGCCGGAUGUGACUCGAGACGACGUGGUAUUCCGCAGCAUAAGUCACGCCAACAACACGCUCCGGAUAGUCGAUCCGCAGCCGCCGUUCGGUAUACCGCUCGGACCGGUCACCGCGGCGACCGAGAGCGAUUACCUGCACACGACGCCGACCAAGUUGGAACAGCCGCGGUCGCCGUACAUACCGCAAUGCGAACCGGACGUCGUCACGGACGAUCUGGCUUACAGAGCCCUUAGGAAGGACGCCGUCACGGCACGGAACGUCGCGGAGAGCAAGACCGACGUCCUCGCGAGGGAGCAGUCCCCGGAGGUCGUCACUCGCGGCAUGAAGAAGAAACGCGCCGUUAGAUCGUUGUCGGCCAAUCUUUACGGGCUGAUCAAUCACGAUCGAAUUCACCUGCGACGCGAGCCCAGUCUCGACGCCAUCAAAGACGAGAUUCAGGACGUUGCGAGGAGCUUCGCCGCGACGCCCGAGCGGCCGGAAUAUCUCAGACGCGUCGUGAGCGAUGGCGAGCUGUCCGACAAUGAUGCGCACAGGUGGAAGGAGCUGGCGGUUAAAGGCGACAUGGAUAUCAACGGCAAUCAUCCGGCGGUGGGCGCGUACCGAAAGAAACUGUGCAGCUACGUGUCGCCGGAAACGACGGCGGCGGCGACGAAUACGCGGGAGAGUCCUAAGAAGGAAAAGGAGUCGGGUGUCGCGGAGCUAUCCGACGUCAUGCUGUCUUCAAAGGCCAUGCUAAACGAUAGAUUUUGGCACGAAUACCUGCCCGCGGAUUCCAACGCUUCAGCAGCCAGCAACGACUGUAACACGGAGACGGAUUUCACUGCGUACAGUCGCCUCUGCCAAGAUUUAGUUAAUUUGAUAAGAAGCGACGAUGAAGCAACGAUCGAAUCGUCGAACGCGAACAUUGUUGCCACCGCUGACAAGUCGAACGUCUUGGACGUCGCACUCGAGGUCGACGAACCUCCUGCUCCUCCUCCUCCUCCUCCUCUGGUGAGCGUGCGUGUGCGCUCACUGGGUAGCCAGUAUUCAGGGUCGCAGCGUGCCAACGACGAGCGGAAUGUCGAAAGCGAGAAGACGACGACGAGCCCGACCGAUUCGAAUUCCGCGAGGUCUUCGUCGGCCUCGACGCCGGCAGCCAGCAACUUGGAUUUCUAUCUCCGUGUGGCGGACGAGAAUGUCAAGCUGAUCGCGGAGGCCUUCGGCGACGUGGCCGACCGCCUCCGAGAUAGUCGUCUAUCCACUCGCAAGAGUUCCUCGGUGUCACGUGGCUCCGAGAUCGAGGACCAAAGUGGUAGCACGCGCAGCAGCUCCACGCCAUACAGUCAGGACGAGCCGACGAGCGACGAGCGGCCUGUCGUCAUUCAGAGGCUCGAGGAGACGGUUCGUGCAGCUUCAAAGCGCGAUUCCUUGACGAGCAACGACGACGGGGACCAACUUAACGAGGACACCUCCACCGCUGACGCGGAGCUGGACUUGUCUAGGGCCGUACGCGACCUGCAGCUGGCCGCGGCCAGUCUCUACGAGCACGAGCGGGAGAUCGAGGAUCUAGGUACUAGACGCGGAAGGAGCGUUCGCGACGUAACGCCGUUUACCGACGUUGCUGCCGUCAUCACCACCGUGACCAGCGCGGACGAGAGCGAGGCAGGUGCGAUCCGCGAGAUCGGUCUGAUCGCCGACGACCUGAGGCAGGAGCAGGAACGCGAUCAGGAGGAAACCGUGGUACUGCCUAGCGGAAUCGAGGCGCGAGGCGGAGACGCGCCAAGCGGGGCGAGCCGCGAAGGUCUCCAGGCACUCGCUCGUUCGCAGUGACGAUCGCAUUCGAGAUGCGCUCGCCCGAGCUCGACGUGGUCGGCGUUGGUAGGGUGAUACACGAGGCAGAUUGAUUUUUUUUGUAAGAAACGAGAAUAGGGAGAGAGAAAAAAAAGAGAGAGAGAGAGCGAGAGAAAGAGCGAGGGAUGCAGUUGCCGCGGGCUGUUUGAGGCACAUCGACUUGUUGUUGUUGCUCUUGUUACUCUGUUGUUGGUUUUAAUAAAGUUUAAAUGUUAAUCCUGUCAGUAA